AUGAACGAUCAGAGGGAUACGCAACGCAUGGACAAAAAGCAGGAACUCCGGAGGAACUUCCGGCUUGUCAGCACCAUUGGCUUCACAUCAUUUUUUAUGGGAACCUGGGAAGUAUUGUUGACAUCAAACAACCAAGGCUUGAGGGCAGGCGGACGACCGGGUCUGUUUUGGUCGCUUGUCUGGUCGUACUGCGGCCAAACGUUCAUUGUUCUUUCUAUGGCAGAGAUGUCCUCUAUGGCAACUACCGCGGGUGGCCAGUACCAUUGGGUGUCGGAGUUUGCGCCUAGGAAAUAUCAAGGCUUUCUUAGCUAUGUCGCGGGCUGGUUUUCGACCCUAACUUGGCAAAACUUUAUAGCUCGCGCCUGCUACCUAAUUGGAAUAAUAGUGCAAGGGUUGAUAUAUCUGGGAGAUAGCGCCUACAUACCUGCUCGCUGGCAAGCAACUCUCCCCAUCAUCGCGGCCCCCGUCGGUGUUUCCAUUUUCAACAUCUUUGCUGCGAAGCAUUUACCACUGGCAGAAGGUAUAUUUGUUACCUUCAUGGUGGGCCAGGUGACGGGGUCAUUUACUGUUUUAGAAGAGACGUCUGAUUCGGUAGCACACAUGGCUGAAGAGAUUGAGAAUGCUAGCAUCAUUGUACCACAGUUGAUGGUAUGGGCGUUUGUAUUCAAUAUACCACCUACAUUUGCUGUGCUCCUCGCAUAUCUCUUUACUAUGCCGGAUGUCCAAGAAGCCCUUGACUCCUCCACUAGUUAUCCAUUCAUCCAUGUCUUCCUCAAGGGGGUGGAGAACGCCACUAGUGCGAUGGUGAUGGUUGCCAUAAUUCUUCUCUUGCUCAUCAUGGUUACUAUUAGCGGCCUGGCCUCAGAAUCACGUCAGACAUUUGUAUUUGCGCACGACCAAGGCUUGCCUUUCUCUAGCUUUUUAGGGACUGUUCACCCAACGCUCCACAUUCCUGCCAAUUCAAUCAUAUUUACCUUCAUGUUCUCGCUUGCAAUGUCGCUGACCAAUAUAGGCUCGACGGUGGCAUUCAAUGCACUGGUGUCACUAUCUACUGUUGCCCUCAUGGCAACGUAUCUUAUUUCCUUUACUUGUCUUAUUCUGCGGCGCGUUUAUUGUAACCCACCACUGCCACCAUGCCGGUGUUUCUGGCCCAUUCUCCAUGAUGCGAGUGCCGUGAAUUUCAAUUGGGCUCCAGUCCUGUUUGUUGGUGUCAUGGGAGCCUCGACCGUGGUAUACUGGUUACACGCCAGGAAGGUGUAUGAGGGAACCGUUGCCAUCGUUGAGGGUGGGAAGUACUAG